AUGAUAAAAGGAGGACAGUGUUCUAUUUGUAAAUCCAGGAAAUGGUUUUAUGACAAUUUAGGAGGUUUAGUAUGUCAGUAUGGGCACCAACGUGAGAGUUAUUUGGUACAAGAAAAUGAAGUUAUUGACCCUGGACAAGGAGGAACAAAGAAACGUAAUAGAGUAAAAAAAAAUGAAAAAGCUGCUGUUGUAGAGAAAAGGUACGCAUAUGAUAAUGAAAAAGAUUGGCUUUGGAUCGAAUUUGUUGCAGUUCAAUUCGUACUUCGACUUCAUGUACAAACAAUGAUUCAAGAUAUGAGAGUUACUCCACAGCUUGAGCAUGUUUGUAAACAUUUAUGGAUAAUGUACGUGAAUAAAUUCAACAAUAUCGAUAAAAUCCGAUCAAAAAAUACUCCUGCGGUUCAAACAGAGUCAAUGGAUGUUGAUGUCGAUAAUAAUGGUAAUUCUCCAAAUAUACAAUAUCAAGAAGAAGAAGAGAAAGAUGAUCAAGAUGAUAUUGAAGCAUUGUUUGAAAUUCCUCCAAGCUCCUCGGAUGAAGAUUAUGGUGAAUUUGGUGAUGCUACGACAACUAGAAAAAAACAUAAAAAAUCAACAAGAAAAACUGGACAUGAAGAAAUUAUAAAUGUAUUAAGAGUACAAUAUGUUUUAGCUAUUUUACAUCUUGGUUGUGUAUGGUUAAGAUUACCUAUAUUAAUUGCCGAUUUAAAUCGGUGGAUACAUAAUAAUACUUUACAAUUUAAUUCGGCACGUAAACAUUUGCCUAAUAAUAUAAAAUUACAUCUUGGAUCUCGAAUUAAUAGACUCGAACCUAAAUAUUUAAUAACAUGUAAAAGGUUAUUUGGCUUAGAAGCGAAAUUUCUAGAUUUUUAUAAAAGUGAAUACGGAAUAUGUUUUCCAGAAAUUAAUGCACCACUUGUACUUUAUCGUUACAUUAAAGAUUUAAUGUUACCAGUGGAAUUUUAUGUUGCUUCUAAGGAACUUGCACAAUUAAUUAACUUAAAACUUUUUUAUGAAUAUAAUUUAAAUUAUCGACCCCCAACAUUAUUAAUGGCGAUUGUUAUUAUUGUUACUAAAAUGGUUUAUGGUUUAGACGAAAAUAGAAGGUUUCCAGGGGAAAAUGAUCAAUAUGCUAAAUAUUUCCCUUCAUUUGAAAGUUGGAUAAAAGCUUUAAGUGACAGAAACGAAGCAGAAUUUAAAAAAGAAGUUCCUAGUGAUAUGUCCGAUGUAAAAGAAUGGAUGGAUAUGAAUCCAGAUCAGUACAUUCAAUUUUGUGCUGACUUAUUGGGAGACAUAGAUCGAGUGCCAAAACCACCUGAAAGGUCAAAAACGUCUCAUCAUAUUGAACAAGAGAAGAAGUACACAGAAAUUGAUGAAAGAUCAAAACCAUUUAAGAUACUUAAUGAGAAAAAAAUUGUACAGGAAAUUAAAUCAAAUAAAUUUGAAUCUGAUUUGAACUUACUUAUGGAAGAAAAAAGAGAAUCAAUUGAUUUCAGAAGAAAAGGAGCACCUUCACUAGAAAAAAUUUCUCCCGAAGAAAAACUUAAAAUGCAAUUUGAAAAAUCGGAACUUGCAGAAAAUUUUCGAAUGUUAAAAACUAAAGAUUUGGAUAAAGUAUAUAAAAACCUUAGUUCAGCUAAGCCUAUUGAUGAUGAAUUAAAAAUAUUAUAUAAUACAGCAGAUUUCGAUCGUAAUGAAUAUAAUCAAUCAAUAUCAUCUAGGGAUAUCCAUCCUUCUAUACAACUUGCCAACACUAACAUUAGUAUUGUGAAAGAUGAUGAAAAAAUAAAGUUACCAAAGCCUUUAGAUAUAUUACGCCGUAGAUAUUCAACUUUUUUAUUUAAGAAACCCGAAGAUCCUAAAGAUUCAAGAUUGUUUUUUGGAGAAAAAUAUACUGCUUAUCAAAUUCCGAAUUCUAAGUCUGAUUAUGAAAAAAAAGUUCAAUUAUUAGGAGAUUACCAUGAAGAUUAUGAGAGAGUUCUAAUCUUUGCUUCUAAUAUAAUCGGAGAAACCAUUGAUGAAUUACAAAAUAAUAUCAUGAAAAUCGAGGUUGAUUUAUUAAAAGCUAUCGAAAAAGAAGGAUUAUGA